CUAAAGGAUCAUCAAGAGGCAUAUAAUUUUUUGAUUGAGGUCAUACAAAAUGUAAGUAUUGAAGGUGGGAGUGAGGGUAGACGGGGACGAGGUAGAGCAUGAGAUGGGUCAUUCGGCUUCAAGGGUUGCCACCCUUCCCGUGCACUGCCUCUUCCCUGGCUUUCCUUUUCCCUACUCUUUUCACAUAUUCGUUUUAUAGCUGGGUUCUACAGCCACUCAAAAGGAGUGGUCACAGAGGACAAUGUCCCAAUUUGGGACACCUAUAAUGCUUCGUUCGUAAAAUUGAUAGUUCUUAUCUCCCCCAUCUCGGCCCCAACCCAACCCUCAACCACGUUUGAUUACACUUCGCAAGUUUAAUUGACUUUGAAGUCAACAUAACUUACGAGGUGCAAUUGACGCGAUCGGGGAGAUAGGUUGGGGUUGGGAUUGGAUGGGUGGGGGGGGAUUAUUGGAGGGUUAGACGGAAACCAACCAAUCAACUACCGUCUUCUUCCCUCCCCGGCUCUCCGUGCGGCCCCCGAAACCCUAAUUUUCGCUCUCCCCGCCCCGGAUGCGAUUCGUCGGAACCCUACCGCCGUUCGCCAAAUCGUUCAUAGAAAAGGGAAGGAAAUCCAUUGCUUGAUGGCGAUUUCUGAAACCUAAGCCUGUUUAUGGAUGAAUGCGAUCGCAAUUUCCGAGUGUUCGAUCUUCGUAUAGAGCGAUAGAAGCGAGAUGAUGAGACAAGAGUUUUCAUCUAACGGCGCCGUCGCCGCCUUCUCUAGCACCACCGUAUGCGACCGUUGCAGGAAGGCGGAGCGGCUUGUGCUCCACGGCGUCCGCCACGAGGGCCAUCUCAUGAAGGUCUGCAGCACCUGCGUCCUCCAACUCCACCCACAGUUCUUCUGCCCCACCUGCUUCACCGUCUACAUACCUUCCCAGCCUCGUUCAUUUCAAAAAGACGUCGUCAGCUGCGUCGAUUGUCACUCCAACUCCCACACCCAGUGCGUGGGCCACACCCCACCCAACCCUUACCGAUGCCCCCUAUGCGUUUCCCCUGAUUCCGAUGUAUUCACCCUUAGGAAAGUCCCUAAUGCGGAUGGUAAGACUGGGAGUAGUGACCACUGUAGGGUCAUUGAUAAAAGUGCGGCAAGGAUUUUAUUUGCUGCAUCUAGGAUUGCGGCAACUUCGAUGAGUGCUGCAGCCGCUUCGGCCAGAGAUAAUGCAGAGAAGAAAGUAAAGGAAGCGGCCUUUUCUAGGAAACGCGCCAGGGAGGCACUGGAACAUGUUUCCUACAUGGCUGCUGCUGAGGAGAGGAUGAGGAGGAAUGAGGUUUUGUUGGUUCAGAGGGGAAUAAUGGGUGGCAUUGGAAGCAAUAGUGUGGCGGUGAGGAAUCGAGUGGAGAAUAUGGACAAUGUUGAUAAAUCUAGUGAGGUUGUGGCAGCUUUGAAUAAGGAACUGGCGGAAGUGCAAUUUCCGAAUAACAUUGUUCACAUGGAUAUAGAGGAUGAGGGGUUGAGUGUGGCUCCUGAUUCCCUUACUGGGCUACCAAUUGUUCAGAAUCACAAAGAUAGUCAUGAGAAUGGAAUGGCUGAGGAUAUUGCUGAGUUUGAUAUUGCUAAUGAUCAAGAAGUGAGUAUUAAUAUUAUUGGAGUGGGUUCUUUACCUGCUCAAGAGGAGCAAGAUCAGCAAAACAGAUUGAUUCUUGCCGCGGAACAGAACAAUGUUAAUCUAAGUACAGUUUGAUGGUGCUUUAUGGCAAAGGCUUCUCUUUGCAUGAGGCUAGUUUUUUUGGACCUUGAUAGGGAUGAGAAGUGCAUAAGUUUUGUGAGUUGGGGGAUUCUUGUUAUUAGUAAAGCCUUUUCUUAAUGCUAGAGUGUAGUUCUAUGUAGAAAUUUCAAGAGCUUGUGUUGUACUUAUGUAGUUAUGUACGUAGUAUGAUAUUUCUAGAUGCAUUGAUUUCUGAUGCUUUACUGAAGUGUAGAAACAAGUCAACAACUAGGAAUAUUUCUAUGACAAAAUUCCUUUACAAUUUUAUUUAUAUAAUUAUAUGUCUAGACAUCUGAAUGUUAAU